AUGUGGAAAGAUAAGAAGGCUCUGUCUCUUCGUACCUUUAUGAAGCCGUAUCCCGCUCCGUUGGUCAGUGAUGGUGAGGCCCAGAGCAUCUUCAGAUUCAUGGACCUCCACCUCCUUCUGAUCCCGUUUAAUACAUGUUCCUGCACCCUCAACACUCACAAGAUCGACAUGGACAAGCUUCUGGGGGGCCAUAUCGCGGGUCUCGAGAUUCAUCUUCGCCACAUUAAAGGAUCAAGAAGACGGUUGGAGCUCCAUAAAUCUGAAGAUGCUGGCCUCACCAUCACUGACAGGAGCGGAUACGCUUUCAUAAAGCGUAUCAAAGAUGGCAGCGUGGUGGACGCGGUGAAGGUGAUUAAUGUGGGCGACCACGUACAGUGUAUAAACGGACAUAACAUCGUGGGGACGCGGCAUUAUGAGGUCGCCCGCAUGCUUAAAGAGCUGCCCAAAGACAAGAUGUUCACACUGAAACUGGUGGAGCCCAUGAAGGCCUUUGAAAUGCUUGAGCCCAGGUCAAAAGGGGCCAAACCUGCCAGCGAGAGCAAGAUCGGCACGGGGAGGGGGACCCUGAGACUCCGCUCCAAGGGCCCAGCCACUGUAGAGGAGGAGCCAACAGAAUUUGAGGAGAAGGCGGUAAAGAAAGUGGACGACCUUCUGGAGAGCUACAUGGGAAUCAGAGACACUGAACUGGCCGCUACGAUGGUGGAGGUCGGCCGUGACAAGAAUAACCCGGAUGAAUUCGCCAUGGCGUUGGACGAGACCCUCGGAGACUUCGCCUUUCCCGAUGAGUUUGUCUUUGACGUGUGGGGGGCCAUCGGAGACGCCAAGCAGGAAAGAUUUUAAACACGCUCCUGCCCCUCAAAACACACACACACACACUCUCUCUCUCUCUCUCUCUCUCUCUCUCUCUCUCUCUCUCACACACACACACACACACUCCCAAACUCACAUCUAAUAUCCUCAGAAUCAAACUGGACCAACUUCAACCUCCACAAACUGGAAGUGGAUCAAUCGUUGCUGCCAUCACUUUGAUCUUGAGUGUAGCUUUGCACUUUGGAGUCUUGAAGUGUCCGUAAAGUCAGUUUAGGUGAGGAAUUAAACACGUAAUGCUUUUUCAAACACUGGACCUGUUUCCUGGAGCCUGACGAGUUAGUGGUUAAUUCCAGACGUUAUGGUACCCCUCCCUCGAGAGACUCUUUAAAGCUCUUCUUCUUCUUGUGAGAGUAGCGAACAGCGGUCUAUUACACUGGGUAUGUGCACACCUUACAUUUUCUAACAAUACGUUUAAAUCACACUUUAUAGCUGUGUCAUUUUGAUUAUACAGAUGUCACACAGCUUUUUAUAGAUUUUUGUUUUAUGUGAAAAUGUUGCUGAUUUUAUAGCAGCGUUGUGUAAUUAGUGUAAUUAUAGUGAUUGUAGCAACUCCCCUUUUUAUUUCCCUCCUUUCUUUUAAAAUCUUUAAAUGACCUCACGGUGGAGAAAUGGAUACAUUCAUUUUGAUGAUGUUUGUUUACUUUCUGAUUUUCUCUGUGCCCUUACACACCGCAGGCCCUUCGUCAGUAGAUUUAGCAAUACACAGAACUGAGUUUUAUUUUUUAAUUAAACCUUUAGCCAAGUUUUGUGACACAUUCCACCAUCAUUCCUUGUUUCUCAUGUUGUUUGAGUCUGUUAGCGUGUCAUGAAAUUAGUCUUACUUUUAGAUGCACCCUUAUUUUUUUCCUGUAAUUUAUUUUUAUCAUGAUAAAUCCUAAGCUGUCAUUUUUACACUGAGACAUGGCUCAGUAUGAAAGACAGUUCUUUCUUAAAUAAGCCAUUUUUAGGGCUGUGUCUGGAAUGGGAUCAAUUGCAAUCCAGUCUUAAAUAAAUGCAAUCGCAUUAAUGAACCUGCACUAUUUAAUUCACUGUCAAACUGAAUUGAAAUAGUGACUUGAUUAGUGUCAUCUACUGUUAACUGUAUGUAGCAGUUUCAUAUUGUUUGACAAACCAUAAGGGAUCACUGUUGUUGGAUAGACAAUAAAACUUGAUAUACUGUUA